UAGUCGGCGAUACCUUUUGCUCCAACUGCAAGUUGUCCGCGCCGAGAUUUUUGAAGGAACGAGGAGGGAAAUCAAGAUGAUAACGUGCUUCAAUGUUGGCUCGCAGGAUUCUUCUACUUUUAAGCCAGCUGUUUCGGUUACGCAUUUUUGAAGCUUCAGGAUCUUACCGAGAAGCAACCCGUCAUGGUCUUCAUCAAAGGCACAACUCAGGAACCCGAGGUGGAUUUUCAAAGCAAAUGAUAGCUUUCUUAAACGAUCGUCACAUCAAGUAUAGUUACUUCAAUACUCUUUCCGAUGACGAAGUAAAGCAAGGUCCGAAGACUCACGUCAACUGGCCCACCUAUCCAAUUCUGUUUUACAACGGCGAGUUGCUCGGCGGUCUGAACAUUGUCAAAAGAGAUGGUAAGAAAAAAAAAGAUGAUAGUAUGAUCAUUUCGGAGCAUGCAUUGGCUAAAAGAGUGUCCAUGUAGAUCGAAACGGGCGAAUUCGAUGAGGUGUUAACAGCGUAAACCGGGUUUUCCGACGGUUAUCUAUAUCUUUUUCUAUUUAUCCCUUAUGAUGAACUAUACUUCCAGCCAAAAAUCGUGUCGCAGCUUCAAUCAGCAUCGAUAUGCCCCUGGCCAUUUCAAAAACCGAUGUUGCUGUCAUUGUCCAUAUUUUAGAAACCACAUCGUUUUGCUUAGAAGUCAUGUCAUGAUGUUUUGGCACAAAACAAAUAUAAACAUUGAACAAAAAUUCAU